GGAGAGCCAAUUCCUAAAGCUUCGGCCCCGUCCGGGCUGGCGCGCGACUUAAGGAAAAGGCGGGGGAUGGGGAGGGGCGGGAGUCAAGCAGGAAGGAGUCUCGGUGAGAUCCUAGCCCGCCCGGAGCCGAGGCGGUGACGCUCUCGUUCCCGCACCGCCCCUCCCUCUGUGCCGCUCGGUGGUUCUCCCGACGGCCCUUGCGCGUACCGGACGUAGACGAUUCCUUGACUGAGGGGUCGUCUCUAAAGUACUAGCAGAGGGAAGAAACGAGACCUGGGAACGGGGGUGGAGGAGGUGUGCGGUGCGGUGGUUGCUGAACUAGACGGGUCCGUGGGUGGAAGCUCAGUGAAAGAAUUUGACCCAUCCAGAUAGUAGUAAACCCAAAGAAAUAUACGGCUCACAACUGCAGUAAAAUGAUGAUGCCUUCUUCUGUGCUACCAGCCCAAGGAGAUGACCUGUAUUCCUGUAUGUUAAGAUUUCCAGACUUGGAUUUGAAAGAUGCAAACCUUGUUUCUCCUAGCAAUAAUCUCAGAGCAGAAUUAGAUGCUAAUAUGAAGAAGAAGUAUACACAUGCAAAGAAAAAGGCAUUUGCCCUUUUGGUCAAAACAAAGGAGAUUCCAGAACCCACUAGCUGCUCUUCAUCUUCCUGCAAAGGAGUGUGGUGGUCUUGCUGCCAGCAGAUCUUCAAAGACCAAAUUGGCAUCCAUAGACAUAUAGCUGCCCAGCAUGAGGGAGAUGUUUAUCAUCAGACCUCUUCUAUUUUAAAGCAACUGGCUGCCAAGGCCGGUCCCCCUAAGUCCUGUGUGUCUGCAGAUAAGACAAAUGGAUUAAAUGCACCUCCUACCUCUAACCAGCAGGUGUCUGCUGACCUCCCAGACACAAACAGCUUUAGGCUUGAUGAACUGAUGAGUGCACAAGAUAGCAAUCAGGGAGUAGUACUAUUGUAUUAUUGUUAUUGUGACGUAGAGGAUCCAGAAUGGCUUUGUGCUUGGCAGAAAGCUCUGUGCCAACACCUUCACCUCACAGGAAAGGUUAGAAUUGCCACAGAAGGAAUCAAUGGAACAGUGGGUGGGAGCAAAUUAGCAACUGAUCUUUAUGUGGAGGCAAUGCUUUCUCAUCCUUUGUUUAAGAAUAUCUUAUGUAAGGAAGAUUUUAAGACCAGCAAAGGAGGAGCUUACUGUUUUCCAGAACUUCGUGUUGGUGUAUUUGAAGAAAUCGUGCCCAUGGGAAUCAGUCCCAAUAUGAUCUCCUACAAAAAAUCUGGAAUCCAUUUAUCCCCUGGUGAAUUUCAUAAAGAAGUUGAAAAUUAUUUAUAUCAGGGUAAUCAAGAGCAAAAUGACACUAUUCUGCUGGACUGCAGGAACUUUUAUGAAAGUAAAAUAGGACGUUUCCAGAAAUGCCUGGCACCAAAUAUCAGGAAAUUCAGUUAUUUUCCCAGUUAUGUGGACAAAAACCUUAAAUUAUUUAAGGACAAACGUGUGCUGAUGUACUGUACUGGGGGCAUUCGUUGUGAAAGGGGUUCAGCCUACCUCAGAGCUAAGGGAAUAUGCAAGGAAGUAUACCAGCUGAAGGGUGGCAUCCACAAAUACCUGGAAGAGUUUCCUGAUGGUUUUUAUAGAGGGAAAUUAUUUGUUUUUGAUGAACGCUAUGCUCUCUCUUACAACAAUGACAUUGUUUCAGAAUGUACAUAUUGUGGAGCCCAGUGGGACCAGUACAAACUCUGCUCCACCUCCAGUUGCUGCCAACUCGUCUUGUCCUGUUCAGAAUGCCGAGAGAAAGGGCUUACAGCAUGUUGUCUCACUUGUCAGGAUAAAGGAGUCGAGCUAAUUUCAAGUCCCACCGAGAAGAGUUUUAAAGAAGAAUGCGAUUGUACACUGAAAAGGCCCCGUAUACCGAUUGAACUUUCACAAUGAUCAGGACUUAGUGGAUGGUGUGAAUAGGCAAGCCACCAACUUCAGUGCAGUUAUGCCAUUGCUUAUGUUAAGCACAUUGCCUGCAUUUUCCCUAUGGGGUUCACAGUGUCGAUGAUGAGAGUCAGGGUUAUAGACCUACCUCCAGGAAUCCAUGGCAGUGACAGUAGAGAAAUGGUGUACAGUAGGCUAUCAGUGCUCACCAACAAGAGAGUUGGGUCCGACUUGUUCCUUAGAUCGUCUCAUCUUUGGGUUGGAUUUAAGACUGGUGGAAAUGAGAGAGUGAUGCUGAUAUAAUUAGGCUAAAUUCUUAUCUGACCAUUCGGAAGCAGAAAGGGCUGCAACUUAUGUGGGGAAACAUAGUGACAUCACCUGGCCCUUUGAGAUGAAACUUAUCAGGAGCAUGGCUUUGACAGUCCUGCAAGAGGAAUAUGCUUUGGCCAUGAAACUGAAAGUACACUAUACAGGCCUCUGGUAUUACUCUCUUAAAAUUACAGCAAAGUCCAUAUGGACUUUCAAUUUUAUGAACUUAAUGGAAAAUAAUACAUUUAUUUAAAGAAGUCUAAGAAACUUGAGACUCUUACAGUUACCAUUUUUGGUUUCACAAACUAGAGUUGUGAGAAUGUCCUACAGUUACAUCAGUUAUGCCUAUGCAGGGCCUGAGACCUGAAGUUUUGUUCCCUUCAUUGGCAGUUUGGGGUCUCAAACUACCACUCGAAGAAUGUUCAGUCAGUAUAUCAGCUUUGGCUUUGUACAUUGCAUCCUUGCUAAACUGAUAGCUUAGUAGUAAAGAAGAGAGAGAAGGUCAGUCUUCUCCUGAUGUUGAUGUCACCACUGCCAUUAGCUUUUUGGAAAUAAGAAAUCUUUAGAAUUUGGAAUGCAGCUUCCAUUCUUGGUCAUUUCUGCUUCCAGUGUAAACUCCCAGACAUCCCCCCUACUUGGUAGAAAAAUCUCAAGAUAGAAAGUCAUGGUGGAACAAUGUAGCAUGAGAUGGGGGAGAAGGGGAAGGUUCUCUGACUAUACAAAGUGUUCCUUAAAAUGUAGUUUACCGUGUGAUCUCUACAGCCUGAGGGCAGUUCCUGGGCUGAAAAAGGUUUGCCUAUUUUCUUUUUCUU